CACAUACCUCAUAUGAGUAAGCCAACACAGAGCCAAUCUGCUAUGCGAGCAAGGCAGCAAUCUGUCAUGGCGUCGACCACCGUGAAAGCUGGACCUCGGUGGGCAAUCCUGCUAGCGCUUCUCCUCCCCUUGCUGUCUUCCCAGGUCUACGGCCAUGGCGGGGGCGACGACACCGACUCCGGUGAUCAGCCGGUCAACCUGCGCGCUAAGGGCUUGGUCGCCGUCAAGAUAUGGUGCCUCGUGAUCCUCCUUGUCAGCACCUUCGCCGGCGGUGUGUCGCCCUACUUCUUCCGGUGGAACGAGAGCUUCCUGCUGAUGGGGACCCAGUUCGCCGGAGGCGUCUUCUUGGGCACCUCCCUCAUGCACUUCCUGGCCGACGCCAGCAGCACCUUCAUGGACCGCACGUCCAACCCCUACCCUUUCGCCUUCAUGCUCGCCUCCGCCGGCUACCUGCUCACCAUGCUCGGCGACUGCAUCAUCGUCACGUUGACUCGGGGCGGGACGAAGGAGGCGAAAGUGGAGGCUGAGAGAGGGGGGGACUCUGACGGCCACAGGAACGAGGACGACCCCCAUCUCCAUCCGUCUUUCCUCAGGACCACAUCCUUCGGAGACACACUGCUCCUCAUCCUCGCGCUUUGUUUCCACUCUGUGUUCGAGGGGAUAGCCAUCGGAGUCUCAGACACAAAGGGCAGCGCAUGGAGGAACCUGUGGACGAUCAGUCUGCAUAAGAUCUUCGCCGCUAUCGCCAUGGGAAUUGCACUGCUGAGGAUGUUACCCAAGAGGCCGUUCCUGACGACGGUGGCCUACUCGCUGGCCUUCGCCAUAUCAAGCCCCGUGGGAGUCGGCAUCGGGAUCGCCAUCGACGCCACGACGGAGGGAUCAACGGCGGACUGGAUAUACUGCAUCUCCAUGGGUCUCGCCUGCGGCGUGUUCAUCUACGUGGCCGUCAACCACCUCAUAGCCAAGGGAUUCAAGCCGUACAAGCCAAGUUCCUUGGACACUCCCUUCUUCAAGUUCUUGGCGGUGCUCGCAGGGGUUGGAGUGAUAGCUGUGGUGAUGAUUUGGGAUUAAUCAUGGCGUGUUCGUGUUGUGGUCUCCGUGUUUGUAUGUUUUCCUCUCACCGUUGGUUUCUUUGUGUUCGCUCAGCUUUAUUGCUCGUUCGUCUGUGCUCAUUUCCUCCUAUGAUAAUGAUUCUCUGAAUUGUGGAUUCGAA